CCGAGCGCAACCGUUGCCCCGAGGAAGUCCUGCUCUACAUCCUGAACGAGAUCAGGGGCAUCCGGCGCAGCAACAUGAACAAGGACGAAAGGUUCCGACUCGAGAAGGAGGAUAGCCGCGAAGACCGCGAGCUUCGUGGAUACGUCAUCAACUCGAUUGCCCAGGCCGUCACCGAUCUUGUUCCUGGCAUGCCCAGCCCGUCCGGCAGCGCGCCGCCCGCCGCAGCCCCGCCCAGGAGACGCGAGGACACCAAGCUACCUGCCGAGCAACCUGGUCGCCAGACGGGAUCCGCCGAGUACAUGGCCGCGCAAGCCAACGCGAGGCACCACCAGUUUCCCCCACAUGACCCGAACCACCGCCGUGACCUGCCUUGAAGCUUGGAGGCAUGUGUUCGUCUUGACUUUCCCAACGAGUUCGGCGGCCGAUUCGCCUUGGCCCCCCUCCCUCAUCAUCCCGCCGACCCGAGGCCAUUUCUUCCGCGUCCUGGCAACAUCUACUACUUUUUUCAAGAUACCCAGUAGAUGCCAGGGCCCCCCCCUCUUCUCGGCCUCGAGGUCGUGGCCAGUUCGCUUGCCACAUAUGGUGGCGCAACUGCUUUUUGUUUUGCGCACGACAAGUGCACCAUCAAUCAAGGCAAUGAUAAUAUUUUCCAUGUCUAAUUUACCUCGAUCCGAAACAUGGAGAGAGGGGAAAAACAACCAGCAUCAUAGAUGGGCGCUUCCCGUCCCUACAUAUUCACCCAAACUAACUCUUCCGCCGAAUCUAUACUGUUAUCUUCAGUCUCUUGAUACCCCACGGGUCACUCAGGUUCGGAGUACGGACUGUAACUACCACCACCUCAAUUCUUCUUUUCUUUUUCUUUCUCCAUUUUCUUUGUUUUCAAAAAUGCCGCGUUGGAUAUUCGCCGAAGACCGGCGGUACAAGGCGCAACUACGGGGAAGGCAGGGCUUGCCUGGUGACUUUCGUACACAACGCACCCCGUGGGAUACACGGGGCCGCAAGGGAAGAGGAAAGCCGGCGAGCGGGGUUGGGGCCGAAGGACAUUGGUGGCUCAUCCACCCGCCGAGCUGUCGUCUCGGCGGGCGUGGGAGUAGGCGUUCCGUCAAGCUUCGCAUGUAUGCUGGAAUGUGUUACAUGUCGAAGUCUUUGGUUUUGCAUGAGCGAUGGAAGGCACCAGAGAGGGGCCUUUUUUUGUAUCUGGUCGAGUGGAGUUGACGACUGUAAAAGUCUUGAUUUGCACAGGAUUCGUUCCCUCGUGCGUGCUUACGAUAAGAGGACGGAGACGAGGGCCACGGACCGGCUAGCUUGAGGAAGCCAGUGUCGGCACAGGCAGGAUUAGAAGCAAUUCCA